AUGGUUUCCAAACUGUCGCUGAAUGUAACUUUGCUUCUCCCCCCAGUGAACAAUGUCUUUGCCGAUUUUCAGGUUAGCGCCGUGGCCAACAAGGAGGAUUGUUUGUCGGGUCGUUAUACAAACGGCGGAGAAUGCUGCAAACAGUGCCCGCCCGGGGAGGGCGUCAUCCAACCAUGCGGCGCAUCACAGACUGUGUGCGCCCCCUGUCUCGACAGUGAAACCUUCUCAGAAAACCCCAGUGCCACAGACACGUGUCAGCCCUGCACGGUGUGCACAGGCCUGUUACGCAUGAAGGUGCCCUGCACAGAUUCCAACGACGCCACCUGCGCUUGCAAGAAUGACUACUACAUGAAUGAGCUCUCUCAGCAGUGCGAUCACUGCACCACGUGUCCCGAAGGCAAGGGCAUGCUGCUCCCGUGCGAGUCUAACCAUGACACGACGUGCGAGGAGUGCACCGGGGACACCUACUCGGACCAGGAGAGCUCUCGGGAGCCCUGCCUCCCCUGCACCACCUGUGACGAUCAGGAAGUGUUAGAGUACUGCACCUCCGUAACCGAUACGGUUUGUCAAGUUACUCUGCUUUACGAUGAUGUGUCUCCCACGGCCUUUUUGGGUAACUUCACGGACACCAAUGAGGUCUUCCUACCAGACAACCCCCCAUCAGAGGGGCCGAGAGACACCACCACCACCACCACCACCACAACCACCACCACUAAUGGCGAUUCUAAGGAACCGAUCUACCAUCUAAACAACAAACUCAUCCCCAUCUACUGCUCCAUCCUGGCAGCCGUUGUAGUCGGCAUCGUGGCCUUCGUCAUCUUCAAGAGAUGGAACAGCUGUAAGCAGAACAAGCAAGCAGCCAACAACUGCGCGGCCAACCAGAACCAGACGCCGUCCCCCGAAGGAGAGAAGCUGCACAGCGACAGCGGCAUUUCUGUGGACAGCCAAAGUCUGCAGGAGCAGCAGGGCCAGACUCAGGCCCAGACAGUUAUCACCAUGGAUGAAGAGCCCUGCCUGCUCCUCCCUCUCCAGACCAGAGAGAAAGUGGAGAAGCUGCUGUUCAGCGGCAGCGAGGGAGACCGCACGCACAUGGAGGACAGCGACUGGUGCAACCUGGCGGGCCUCCUAGGCUACAAGGACGAGCGGAUCGCCACCUUCCAGCAGGAGGAGCAUCCCGUCCGGGCGCUGCUGUCCGACUGGGCGAGUAAGGACUGCGCCAGCAUCGACGCCCUGUGCGCGGCGCUGCGCAAGAUCAACCGCGAAGACGUCGCCCAAAGUCUGACGCUGAGCCCGAGCGCCCCGAAGCCCAACGCCACCUCCGUGGUGUGAUUCGGGCUCAACCGAGAGCACUCCACCCCCCCCCGUCCCCCCCGAGCGUUCUUCUACUUCCUCCUCCCCUCCCACACUACUCGACCAGUUCAUCGUAGAAGAGCAGUGGGCCUUAGACUGAAUUAAUAGUGAAUAACUUGCUCUUCGAUUCCCGCAACUUGAUCCCUUGCAUCUUUAUUUCCAAACAUUCAUAGUCAGUUUGUCCAAUAUUUACAGCAUUAAUAAGCCACUAUUGUAUCUGUGAUCGUUGUAUCUGUUGUUUUUUUUACAAAUCUAUGCUACCAAACGGGAGUAAACGCCUACAGAGCAACCUGAAAAGCCACGUUAUUUACAUUCCAUGUUGCACUAUUUGAGUGUAAGUUGUCACUAACGCUUCUUACCGCGGAGCGGCUCGUCACUUCUACAAGAAGUGGAUUUUGCCAACGAGGUGUUUCUGCAGGGGAGGACACGGGCAGAUGUGCUCUGCAGUUCAACUAUGUAUACAGUAUACGAUACGUAUAUACACACACACAUACACACCUACAGUAUUUACCAAUGCAUGUACUAUUCAAACAAUGUGUACGUUUACAUACUUAUUCAUUCCCGCCGUCAUCUAAUCGGAAAGAUCUCAUGAGGGGACCAUUUAUAGUUUAAUGUCAUUAUUAGCAGCCUGUGUGUGUCUUUAAAAUCCAUAUGAUUUGCCAUGUGUGCGAGCACGCGCAGACAAGCAGCUCAUUGUCAGCCAGUGCACAGAUACCAAGAAGAAAUACAUGAAACACACACAAAUCCAGGGUUUUCAAGUUUAGCUUAUUCUCUCAGGGUAUGACGGGUGGAAUGAUUGUGUUACUGCAUUAACAUGACACUUAUUAUUGCACCCUCCAGACACAGUGUGUUCAUCCAAAGCAUGGGCUCCUGCAACUGACAAUCCUGCAAACUUAAAAGCGAAUGAGAGAGGGGAAACGGGCAGGAUAAUAGAGAAAAGGGGUGUCUUGUUUCCUCAUUGUUUGCAACAAUAAGCUCUGGAUAAAAGGCAAGUCAGUGGAGGCACAUUAGUCAAAGGAUCCGGGAUGAUCAGACCGAGGGAAAGAGGAAAAGGCUUUGAAAAAUGAGCGUUAUUCUGCUUGUUCAAGCAUGCAUCGUGUUGUGUUUGCACCCAUUUGCUUGGAAUUUGUCAAAAUGUCAUUGAUUAUAUUAUAUGCUGCCAAAUUGCAACCAGUAGCCGUAUUUUGUUUUCUUUCUUUUUCGGGGAAAGAUGUUUGAAGGAGCAAAUAGUUCACUUUGAUACUCUUUCCUGACUUUGAGGUGCAGAUUGUACAUUGUUACUAACCACUAGCAUAUGAAGCCUCGUGCUGUAGUGUUACUUUAAAUGAAGGUAUUUUCACUCUACUCUCUAAGGAUUGUUGUAUUUUAAUUCCUCAAAAACAACCGUAAAUAAUAUUAUGUUUCACUUAUUGUCGUAUAGAUUCUAGAAACGUCUCUGUUUUGCAUCCCAAGUGCCUGGGAACUAUUUGGUGUUUUUAGCUGUUAUUUUAUACUUUCUUUGGUUGUCAUUUUUCAACUUGUAAAUACUUGUUCUGGUUUUUAUUUUAGUAAAAGCCCUAGAAGGCUCUCCUGAACAAUUUCUGUGUGAGUGGGACAUUGUUACAAUAUUAAUGCCGUCCGAGUUUAAAGUGGUACAAAAGGGCAAAGGGAGGGAAAGUGCCUUUGUGAGGAUGCUUUUAAGAGAUGAUUACCCCCCCCCCCCCCCCCCCUGCUGUAGCCUAUUAAGGUUUUUAUAAUAAAGACUCAACAUGAAUAUUGAAGUCAAAAAUAAAAUACCUUUCAUAGUAAUCAGAACCGCAAAGCUAUAAUCCUCCACCCAGCAAACACUAAACGUGUUUCUGGUUAUCCGGGUUACGGGAAUCUUUGCAGAUGUUUUCAACAUUAGCCUACACCCAAUAUUACCUUCACUAAUACUAUAUUUUGUUCAUUGUACUAGAACUUAGUCAACACUCAUAGUUGUGAAUUGUGACUCAAGGCGGGGUGUGUUCCUUGGACAGUAUUUGUUUAGUUUGAGUGGAGGUGGAGGUGAAUAUUGUCAAGAUAUUGCACUUGAGAGUAACAAAGUGGUCCCGGGCAUUAAGGUUUCAGGGUGGAGUUUAAAAAAAGCCCUGGUAAUGUAGCUCAUGGUAACCAAACUGUACAGAUGUGAGAAAUACGGAAUGUUCCUUGUAUACUAAUACUGUGCUGUACUUCAUGUGAAUCAACAACAGACACACAACACUAGUUAGCUGUCCGGCCAGGUACCGUGUUCAUGUGUAGCUGUUAAGACAAAUAAAAUGAGGAGAAAUCAUGAAA